CCAUUUUGUGAGUGUGUGCUGGAUCGGGAUAUUUGUGUUAAAAAGCUUUUCCAGUAAAACCGAAUGAUUUAGUUUACGAGACGGACUCACUUUACUUUUAUUACAUGUGCUAAGAGUGCGGGCUAUCCGUAGACUUCACGCGUAGAUUUGUACGAUGGAGGAAAAGGCGUCAUUGAAAGAACUCGACCAAUGGAUAGAACAAUUAAAUAACUGCCAACAACUAACAGAAAGCCAAGUAAAAUCACUGUGCGAGAAGGCAAAAGAAAUCUUAGCUAAAGAAUCUAAUGUACAAGAAGUAAAAUGUCCUGUAACAGUAUGUGGAGAUGUACAUGGACAGUUUCAUGAUUUAAUGGAACUGUUUAGAAUAGGAGGCAAAUCUCCAGAUACAAAUUAUCUUUUUAUGGGUGACUAUGUAGACCGUGGCUAUUAUUCUGUUGAAACUGUUACCUUGCUUGUUGCACUCAAGGUCAGAUAUAGAGAAAGAAUAACUAUUUUAAGAGGUAAUCAUGAAUCAAGACAAAUUACACAGGUAUAUGGAUUUUAUGAUGAAUGUUUGCGUAAAUAUGGCAAUGCUAAUGUAUGGAAGUUCUUCACGGACUUAUUUGAUUAUUUACCAUUAACUGCAUUAGUAGAUGGUCAAAUAUUUUGUUUACAUGGUGGUUUAUCACCUUCGAUUGAUACUUUAGAUCAUAUACGUGCCCUAGAUCGUCUCCAAGAAGUACCACAUGAGGGUCCUAUGUGUGAUCUUUUGUGGUCAGAUCCAGAUGAUAGAGGAGGGUGGGGUAUUUCUCCUCGUGGAGCAGGAUAUACUUUUGGACAGGAUAUUUCAGAAACUUUUAAUCAUUCUAAUGGCUUAACAUUAGUAUCACGAGCACAUCAAUUAGUUAUGGAGGGUUAUAAUUGGUGUCAUGAUCGCAAUGUUGUAACCAUCUUCUCAGCACCUAAUUAUUGCUAUCGUUGUGGAAAUCAAGCUGCAAUUAUGGAAUUAGAUGAUGCUUUAAAAUAUUCAUUCCUUCAAUUUGACCCAGCUCCAAGACGCGGCGAACCACAUGUUACUAGGCGGACACCAGACUAUUUCUUGUAAAGAGUCAAAUCCCUGAGUUAUCUAUUAAGGUAGGGGUAUGGAAAUCAGGCUUUAUAGCAAUGCCACUAAACAUAAUUUAUGAUAGAACAUCAAUAAAAGUGUAAGGUUGCAGCUAUCCUUACACAUUAUAUUAUAGUCUCAAGUAUUAUAUCAUGACUCACUUUGUGGUGUCUUGUUGAGAAAGGAACACACAAUUGAAUAUUUCGCGUGUGUCCCACACCAUACAUGUAGACACAACAUUAAUUGUAUACAAAUAGAAGAAAACAAACAAUAAUGUACACACGUACCAAUUAAAAUUCACGUAUCGCAUUAAGUUCUACUUCA